AUGUCGCAAAUCCCCGUCCCCGCUGGUCUCAUAGAAGACACGCUAGACCACACGAUCGAAAUUCUCGCCAAGCAAUUCGAACCCGAUGCUUUUCAACGCUAUAUCCUCCUGGAUGAAAUGCAGGGUUCUGGAAAGACGGAUAUCGGAGAGGAGAUGAACAAGGAGGUUUUUGCGUUCAUCGUGCCGGAUUUUAUCAAGGCUGGAGCGAGGUGUAUGACGGUUCCUGGGAGUGGGGUGGCUAGUGUCUGGACACUAGAAGAAGUAACAGAAAACUACACCGAAGAACCACACAACCCACCCGCCGUAACAGAACUAAACUCCCUCGCUCACCACAUCCGGAAACGCUUCAUCCCUCCCCAGACAACUCACAUGCUACAUCUAGUCCUUUUAGCAAACGACCGCACUCACCCUUCUACUUCAAACCCGGCUAAAGUCAGUGACCUCAUUCGCCCCGUCCUUGAUAUGGCGAGGGAGAAGGGGUGGCCUGUGGUUUUGGAAUCUACGUCACCGAGGAGUAGGGAUGUGUAUACACAUUUGGGGUUCCAGAUGCUGGAGGAGAUUGUUGUGGGAAAGGGGAAGGUUGAUGGUGAAGGGAGGGGCCAAGAAGGGGGUGAAGGUGUAAAGCUUUGGGCGAUGAUGAAGUGCUGA